AUGUCUCAAAGAUUACCCUUGCUUCUCAUUGCCCUCCUGAUUCAAUCUUCUUUCCUUUUUGAGAUUUCCUCUGCUCUCAAGGAGGGAAAAACAUGUGUAUUGAACGAGAACUGUGACGCUGGGUUACACUGCGAGACAUGUCUGGCCAACAACAACUUCAGACCCAGAUGCUCUCGAACACAACCCAUCAACCCCAUCUCCAAGGUUAAGGGUUUGCCUUUCAACAAGUACUCAUGGUUAACAACUCACAACUCGUUUGCUCGGUUGGGAGCAAUAUCAAAGACCGGUUCUUUGAUUUUGGCUCCUACUAAUCAGCAAGACUCAGUCACUAGCCAACUCACUAACGGUGUAAGAGGGUUUAUGCUCGACAUGUACGACUUCGAUAACGAUAUCUGGCUUUGUCAUUCCUUCGGCGGAAAGUGUUGCAAUAUCACCUCUUUCCAACCGGCGGUUAACGUUUUAAGGGAGAUUAAAGUGUUUCUAGAGAAGAACAGUGAGGAAGUUGUAACGAUUAUAAUCGAAGAUUAUGUGAAAUCACCAAAGGGUCUCACAAAAGUGUUUAAUGCGGCCGGACUACAAAAGUUCAUGUUUCCGGUGACUAGAAUGCCCAAAAAUGGAGGAGAUUGGCCAACGCUUGACGACAUGAUACAACAAAGCCAAAGGUUGGUAGUUUUUACGUCCGAUAGAAGUAAAGAAGCAACAGAAGGAAUCGCGUAUCAAUGGAAUUUUAUGGUUGAGAACCAAUAUGGAAAUGGAGGGUUAAAAGAAGGAGUGUGUCCAAACAGAGGUGAAUCAGCAGCGAUGAGCGAUAAAUCGAAAUCUCUUGUUCUUGUUAACCAUUUUCCCGAUGCACCGGAUUUGAUUGUAGCAUGUAAACAAAACUCUGCUCCUCUUCUUGAAUCCAUCAAGACAUGUUACCAAGCCGCGGGACAACGUUGGCCUAACUUCAUAGCAGUUGAUUUCUACAAGAGAAGUGAUGGUGGAGGAGCUCCACAAGCGGUUGAUGUUUCGAAUGCCAAUUUGAUAUGCAGCUGUGACAAUUUUGCUGCGUGCCAGGCGAACGGGAAGUGUGGAUAG